AUGUGUGUUUGUCAAACCAUGGAAGUGGGCAAGUAUGGCAAAAAUGCCAGUCGAGCCGGAGAGCGAGGGGUCCUGUUGGAGCCUUUCAUUCACCAGGUGGGCGGCCACAGCAGCAUGAUGCGCUACGAUGACCACACUGUUUGCAAGCCCCUCAUUUCCCGAGAACAGCGCUUCUACGAGUCCCUGCCCCCGGAAAUGAAGGAGUUCACGCCUGAGUACAAAGGUGUGGUGUCUGUCUGCUUUGAGGGAGACAGUGAUGGCUACAUUAACCUGGUAGCAUAUCCCUAUGUGGAGAGCGAGGCCUUGGAGCAGGAUGACAUGCCAGAGAGGGACCAGCCUCGGCGCAAGCACUCCCGCAGGAGCCUUCACAGAUCCAGCAGUGUCGGUGAGCACAAGGAGGAGAGACCCGGCCUGGCCGGUGACAACCCUGAGAGCAGCAUCCAAGAGACAAAGAGCCCCAAGGUGGAGCUGCACAUCCAUUCCGAUGUUCCGUUUCAGAUGCUGGAUGGGAACAGCGGCCUGAGCUCGGAAAAGAUCAGCUACAACCCAUGGAGUCUGCGCUGCCAUAAGCAGCAGCUGAGCCGCAUGCGAUCGGAGUCCAAGGACCGAAAGCUCUACAAGUUCCUUUUGCUGGAGAAUGUGGUGCAUCAUUUCCGAUUUCCCUGUGUGCUUGACCUGAAGAUGGGGACCAGGCAGCAUGGAGAUGAUGCUUCUGAAGAGAAGGCUGCUCGGCAGAUGAAGAAGUGUGAACAGAGUACCUCAGCCACGCUGGGUGUGAGAGUUUGUGGAAUGCAGGUCUAUCAGCUGGACACAGGACAUUACUUAUGCAGAAAUAAGUAUUACGGCCGUGGUCUCUCCAUCGAGGGGUUCCGCAAUGCCCUCUACCAGUACCUCCACAAUGGCCUAGAGCUGCGCAAGGACCUCUUUGAGCCCAUACUCGCCAAACUCCGGAGCCUGAAGGCUGUGCUGGAGAGGCAGGCAUCCUACCGCUUCUACUCCAGCUCCCUCCUCAUCAUUUACGACGGGAAGGACAAUAGGGCAGGUAUGUUCAUGGAGCGCAGGGCAGAGAUGCGCCUAAAGCGGGUGGACACCUCUCUCCCAGAGAGCCUGCAGGAUGACACCAGCACAGAGCCCAGCCCUUCUGCCCUUCCCAAGGUGGAUGUGCGCAUGAUUGACUUUGCACACAGCACAUUCAAAGGGUUUCGGGAUGACCCCACUGUGCAUGAUGGACCUGACAUGGGCUAUGUAUUCGGGCUGGAAAGCCUCAUCAACAUAAUGGAACAGAUGCGGGAGGAGAACCAGUAG